AUUUCUGUUCCCGUUUCAUGUUUCGUCUGUAUAGUGUAUCUUGGUCUCGUUUCUCUGUCCACUCGGAAUACUCCUACCUUGCCUUCUGCGCAACUCUGCUCUGCGCGAUUGAAGCCAGCAGUGUGUGGCGUCGCAGGACCUGAACUUAACAUUCUUCACAUUCUCGCUCCCUCGCAGACAGCAUGUGCAACCUUGGACAGACUCGCCUCAUUCACCACCGCCAAAAGCCAAGAGCUCUGGCCCAAGAUCUGUCAAAUUCCUGCCUCCUCUGAGGCGCAACGCCAAGGAGGCGAUGACGUUUGUUUCACGACCGCAGCAGUAGUGCCCAGCCCAGCUACCGACAGCUACAUAACUUUGCGCCAACCUCUCCAAGCUGUUCUUUUUCUACAAUCCCCACACAACCAGCAUGUCGAGUUUCGUACCGCCGUCUGGGCCUCCGCCGCCCAAAGUCCCCGAAGGUUGGAAAGCGGUGUGGAAUGAGCAGUACUCCGAAUGGUUCUACGUCGACCUCCAAACCAAGCAAUCGCAAUGGGAGAAACCCCCGGAUCCUUUCGCGUCUAGUGGUGGUGCAGGUGAUGUGACGUCUUCAGGUGGACCGCCUGGCUACGAUCACAACUCCGCUGUCGACACGGGCCCCGAGAAAGGCAACGGCGGCGCGGUCUACGGUCAGACGGGUGCUGGCAACGGAUCAAACCAAGUCGACGAAGAUGAAAGAUUAGCGCGCCAGCUGCAGGCAGAGGAGGAAGCGCGAACGGCGUCCGCAGGUGGCGGAGCGGCGCACAGCUAUUACGGCCAGAGUCCAUCGGCACAAGGCCAAAACCCCACAUCGCCAUCGCAGGGCCAGCUUCCAUCAAGAGAUGCAGGCGGGGAGAAAAAGAGAGGCUUGCUUGGCAAGUUGACUUCGAAGCUCGGCGGUGGCUCGUCGUCGAAACCUAGCGGCUACGCGCAAGGAUUCCCUCAGCAACAAUACCCGCAACGAUACCCCGUGCCGGGAUACGGAGGCUAUCCCCAACAGCAACCGUACGGAGGCGGAUACGGAGGCGGCUACGGUGGACCGCCGCCUGGAGGAUACUAUCAGCAGCAGCAGCAGCGGCCUCAGCGCAGUGGGCUUGGUACGGGUGGAGGGUUGGCGCUCGGUGCGGGAGCGGGUCUUCUUGGUGGUGUGAUGCUCGGAGAGGCAUUAGACAACAAUCAGAACCAAGCGUAUGAUCAGGGGUAUGAUCAAGGCAUGGACAAUGGUGGAGGUGGCGGCGAUAUGGGUGGUGGUGGUGGUGGUGAUAUGGGAGGUGGAGACAUGGGUGGUGGCGAUAUGGGUAAGUCUAUGGCUAUUGCGCCUAUCCUGACAAUGUGCUAACAAUUGACAGGCGGAGGUGAUUUUUAAAACACUUGAGCAAGGGGAAGGGGGAAACAUUACGGCCUACCUGGUCGUGCAUUUGACCAUGAACGAUACGGUGAAGCGGCGAAGGAAUGGGUGGUGGAGGCACAGGAUGACUGACGUGACGCUGUCUCCAAGAGAGAGGGCAGAUGGUCAGCUACAGCAGUAACCAAGUAGUUUCGAGUAUCUCACGAACAGCAACUCCACCAUCGAUUGGAGAACACUGCUUUGAACGG